AUGAAACACAGCCCAUCAAUCGUGGUACAUGACUUAAAUGAUUCCGAUGGUUCUGACGGUUCAGACGGCUCCGACGGCUCAGAUCGUUCCGAUUCAUCGUUGUCGUCAUCGUCGUCGUCAUCGUCGUCCAGUGAAUCAAAUGAAGACGAAAGGGACGAUGCACAAACAAAUGGACGUGGAAAUGAUGAUAGGCAAUACAAUGACAGAAACAGUGAUGAAGAUAGACGAGAUGACGACAGUCGAAAUAGAAACAACGACGAUGAAAAUAGCAAGGAAUUGCAGGCAGUGAAAGGUGACGAGAAAGGAAAAAACAUGAAUGAAUAUAAACUACAACAAAUUUACAAUAAUAAAAAUGAACACGAUAGCGAGGAGAAAUCAGAAGAUGUUGGCGACAUCAAGAAAGCAAAACUAGACAAUGCGGCGAUUGUCCACGCUGUAACCAAAUCUGGAUCCAUGGAUGGUGUUGCUGGUGAGACGGGAGGGGCUUCUCUGCCUUCUGUUAAAGAUGGGCCUGAAACUGUUCUACCAGGAGAAGCAGACGGCAAAUCGAGUAGUGAUAUUGAUGAAAGUAGAUCUAGAGGAGAAGACGACAGCAAUGAAAGCAGGCCCCGAGGAGAGGAUGAUGGUCGCCCAAGAGGUGAAAAUACAUCAGGUGGCAAGAAACAGUGGCCGAAACUUGUACCCGACAUGUUCAAAAGUCUCGUACCCGAGGCGAAGAAAAACAACACCAAGCACACUAUGACCGCAGAAGGAAAGAAAAACAACACAAGGGGACAGGAAACCGUCAGCAAAAGUAACCAUGGAUGGCCAUACUUUGUACCUGAAGUAUUUAAACCGCUUAUACCAGACACGGAGAGGAAUGGGACUCAGGCUGAGGACAAUUCAGACACAUACAAACAGAACAACAACAUGUCCUAUACCGACACGUAUGUAAUGGACCAAUACAUGGAGAAUUUGCCCUACGCUAAGUCAAUGCUGACAUUUGGCGAAGCUGGAGAGCAUGAGGUGGAACACACAGAUGCUUCCGGUGGCGAAAAGACACAGAGCGCCGACUUCAACAUACCCCCAGACGAAAUCACCAUGCAAAAUGGCGGCGCUGGAUACUCAAGCGCCAACGAAUCAAGUGGUGUCGGGAACAACAACAAAAGUCCAUUCAAAGUCAACUACAGUGGUAUGUCCGCAACCGGAAGUCAUGGAGUGGAUGAUAAAAAUAAGUCUCCCGGUAAAAUGAAACCCCCGGGGAAGGAGGGUGGUGAGGCUGCUGGAGAUUCGCAUCAGCAAGUCCCGGACAACAAACCAGGGAAAGUAAAAGGAAAAAAAGAGAACAACAAAGCUACUGAGACACAAUCGAGCGGCGGAGGGACCGUACCGCAGGGCCAGGGAAGUCCAAAGGGGGACCAGUACAACCGCCCUCCUAGCAACGUACCGAGUGUUCCCGACAAAUAA